CUAUUUUCACUCCGAAACGCGCUACCGAAAUACGCCGGGAAUGAACCCAGCUUUGGCUGGCGUAACCUUAACCCUUUAUUUUAGAGCGCGCGCGCGAGCAGCCACGAAAGCUCUACUGGUGAAUGAAGAUUCGAAACAUCGCGAAACAGCACGAAAUUCCGCGCGAUUUUGUCACCACUGCCCACUCGCACAGUCACAGGUGAAACUAGUGGAAGUGAUCGUGAUCCCGAUAUCGAAAGCCCGCCGGGCGCCAACAGAACGGCGAAAAAAACUCUCGAUCACAACACUGUCGAUAUCGUCGACGGCUAAACGGCUCCGGCGCUCUCUCGAGAGCUAUGCCAGGCUCGCGAUAGCGCGAAUGACUAUAUAACGAGCAGCAGCCGCAGUCGAACUCGGAAGCGCGGCCCCGGCGCGCGAAACUCUGACGGCUCGGAUGCGCCGCUGGCCAAAAGCUCUAACGUUGAGAAAAGCAGUCACGACGUAUAGUCUGCGUCAUCGUCGGAGGCUUCGCCAAAAAUCUCUCUUCUCUCUCGCACGCCCUGCAGAAGCUGCCGUCAGGAACGCGAGAGGUAGUAGCAUCGCGACGUCGCGUCCGUGAUCAUCGCUUUUUCUCUCAUUGCUGCACAGCUGUCGUUUUUCUCGAAAAAAUCAACAAGCCUCGUUUUUUGAAUAGUCGACCGGGCGCUCGGUAACAGACCCUGGCGGUUCAUCACCAGACGGGACAAAUGCGUCGGAGUGUUUUGGUUGCGAAAAGUGAGGUUAGGUCGAGCGCGAACGAGUCGAGUUUACGGCCAAUAGCUGGCUAGUUACGCGAAAAUGAACCCGUUUCCUAGAGCCACUAGAGCAGGCCGAUUCCUCCGCGACCCGACCAGCUGAGCAAACGGCAUCGGGACUUGGAAACUCUCGCUCCAUCAAGAUUCCACAAAGCUCGAGCUCACAUGCGCUUACAUAACUGGCUGCCGAUCGGUCGUUCCCAGAAACGAAAAAGCUCGACGUAGCGCCAAAGCAGCCGCGACGUCGAUAGGACAACAAAGCGCAGGCAGCGCGAGCAGUGUGGGAAGUUCGAGCAGCCGUGGCGGGGAGGGGGUGCGGUGCGGAUAUGCAUCGCGCCUCGUCGGAGGCGGCACGUCGGCAGAUCGUCGAGUUCGAGGAGCUGGUCUCGCGCUUCGAGCGGAUCAACGACGACUCCAAGACCGCGACCAUCAGCUUGGACUCGGGUCUCAACUGCUACGGCGUCGGCGUUGGCGACUCCAACGACAACAACAACAACAACAACGCCAACACUUGCUCGACGCUGUCUUUGGACAGGCCGCCGCCGCCGCCGCAGCAGCAGCAGCAGCAGCAACAGUUGACGGACUUGGCUAUAUUGGAAAGUCUAGCGAGACUGUCAAGGUCGGGCGCCACAGACUUCCUCGAUCAGAAUAGUAGAGCCAGUGGCGGUGGUGGUGGUGCCGCUGCUGCUAUAGCGGUGGGGAGUGACACGAGACUUAUUGGCCAGCAGCGAACGGAGUCGACGCCGUCGCCUGCCAGAGAACAGCCGGUGCGCGUGAACAUCGGCAUCGACGAGGACCUGCAGAUGAUUCUGGAAAUGGACCCGUCCAUUGUGGACCGAGUGCCUCCGACGAGCAACGCUCACCACCGUGUCGUCGCUGGAGCGCCGCUACGGGCCACGGCUCGACCGCAAGGCUGUCCGCCGACGUUCAAGACGGCGACGCCGACCUCGCGCACCCAGCUGAAGCUGCAGCUGAUGCGCGAGCAGCUGCAGGAGCAGGAGCGUCGCGAGGCCGAGUUCCGGCAGCAGCUGCAGCAGCAGAAACCCGCCCCGGCGACCCCCAGGCCCGUACCCCCAGCGCCGUUGCCAACCAUCGGUGUCGACGUUCCGCCACAAGUGCUGCAGGUUCGGACGCUGCUGGAGAACCCGACGCGCUACCACGUGGUCCAGAAGCAGAAGAACCAGGUGCGCCAGUACCUGCACGAGUCCUUCCGCAGUUCCUCGGACAUCCCGAGCUCGCUGAGUCUGGGCAGUAGCAGCGAGGGCGGCGGGGAUCAGCAGCCGGCCCUCGUGGACCCGGGGCCUGGGGGCCAGGUGCCCAUGGCAGUCCAGAGCGCACCGCCCGGCCCCAUGGUCCAUCCGCCCAAACAUCAGCAACAGCAGCAGCUGCCUCACUCGCUCUACUCCCACGCGCUGCUGUCCAGGGGUCACGUCGAGCCCAGCCCCGACCCCAUCACCGGUGCCAUGUCGCCCAGCCUCAGCAGCGUCGCCACGAGCAAUUCCGAGGCGGAGGAUCUCCUGGAUGACAUCCUGUCGUUCGAGGCCGGCUCGCUGGGCGACAGCCUCGGGAAGGACGGCCAGUCCGACAGCCUGACGGACCUGACGAUCAAGCCGGAGCCGCUGCUGCUGACCGACGCCGAAAUACACGCCCUCGCCAAAGACAGACAGAAGAAGGACAACCACAACAUGAUCGAGCGGAGGAGACGCUUCAACAUCAACGACAGGAUCAAGGAGCUCGGUACCCUCCUGCCCAAGACCAAUGACCCUUACUACGAGAUCGUGAGGGACGUCCGGCCAAACAAGGGCACGAUCCUCAAGUCCUCGGUGGAGUACAUAAAGCUGCUGAAGAACGAGCUGACGCGCAUGAAGCAGAGCGAGCUGAGGCACAAGCAGUUGGAGCACCAGAACCGCCGGCUACUGCUGCGCAUCCAGGAGCUCGAGCUCCAGGCCAAGGCCCACGGGCUGCCCGUUUCCGACUUCAGCUGGGGCUCGUCGUCCGCCAGCCUCCUUAACUCCUACGUCAAGAGUAGGCACGAACACAGAAAGAUGUUCCAGCUGCCGGACAUCGUGGCGGAGGACGCGGCCGCGGCGCUGAGCAUGUCGCAGCUGGAGGACCUGAUGGAGGACGACGCCGGCGGCCCGGUGCACAGCGGCGACCCGAUGCUCUCCUCGCCGCACCUGCCGCCCCUGAGCCCGCCAGCGCCAGCCUGCCACCACCCCCUGCCCGACGAGGACACCCUCGGCAGCCUCGCGCCGACCACCUCGAAUUCCUCCUCCGACAUGGACAUCGUCGCGUAACCCAGCUCCCCACUGGUUCACGUCAACGAGUUCCCAGCGGCGAAUCCCAUUACAUUAUGUGCCCGCGGAGCGUAUAGCGACCGAUGAUCCAGAACUAAUUUUCCUCGGAGAGGCGCAGGAUGAGGAGAAGGAUGACACUGACGACGACGACGACGUCGCGCAAAGUUCCUCGAUUGCUGUCGGCCUCGCUUUGUGCUCGAAACGAGGGCGACGCUCGAUCCACCCCCCCCCCCCCCCCCCGACGACAGUGAACUGGUGGUGCUAGCCAGCGACGAACAGCUGUUUAUACAUGUUAUAAAUAAAGCUAUCCAUGCUAUAGACAUACGUACAUUAUACAUAGUUUAUAUAGUUUGUACUUCAGGAUUUUACGACUACGUGUAAGUAAGUUUAGAGAGUAGGCGAGAGAGUAAGAGACACACGCAUACUAAGAAAAAACACACACCCAUUAUGAUGAUGUAUCGAUAAUCGAGAAAACCUGUGCCUUUUCAAGAAGAUGUGCCUUUUGCCAAGCUGUCUUUCGAGGCGACAUUUGUGCUGUUUCUACUAUUAUACACAUACGUACCGUAUGCAUCGAAUGAGCAGAUGACGAGAGAGAGAGAGAGAGAGAGAGAGAGAGAGAGAGAGAGAGAGAGAGAGAGAGAGAUAUGUAUACAGAUAUAUUUUUGUUGAUGUUAUGCACACGCGAGACGCUCGACGAAACGCUGGUCGUUCGACUCGAGUGACGCGAUCAAGUUGAUGGUGAUGACGACGACGAAGAGACGUCCCGAAACGCGUGUACGCGCCCGGUUACGAGAGCUACUCUUAGCGAUUGUUCGGAUCACUUAUAAGUAUGUAGAGCAAUAACUAGGACACCUAUGUAUACACGAUGUCUGUUCUGAAAUUGUUACGACGUCAUUGUUAUGAAGAUUUUAGCCUCGACGAAACUGUUGAAUUUUAUGUUUAUAUAUUUGCGAAUGUAUUGAAUCCAUGAAUGAUGAUGACUAUGUUUAUUCAGAUACAUAUAUAUAUAUUUAAGGACACAUGCCGCGGCGUCGCGCGAACGCCGCUAUUCCUUGUGUGUGUACGACUAUUGAGAAUCGAUGAUGAUCAUAUGAUUCUACUGUUGAAUUUCAGCAAUAAAGUUUGGAAAAUUCUAUCUUGCAUAAAACAAAGAGAAAA